AGUAUAUGAAUCAAUAUUGUUUUUAGAAUAUCCUAUUUUAUUAUUUAAUAUAAGAAUUAUAAGUGUAUUUUAUUGAUAAUUAAAAAAAUUAUGGCUACUGUUGGAGAACCUUUAACAUUAGCCCGAGAUGUGAAACGCUCCAUUGAGCUGCUCGAAAAACUUCAGAAAAGUGGUGAAGUGCCAGCUACAAAAUUAGCAGCACUUCAAAAAGUAUUACAAAGUGAUUUUUUAAACGCUGUACGAGAAGUUUAUGAACAUGUCUACGAAACUGUCGAUAUUCAAGGAUCGCAAGAUAUUCGUGCAUCGGCGACAGCAAAAGCUACAGUGGCAGCUUUUGCAGCUAGUGAAGGUCAUGCCCAUCCAAGAGUUGUUGAACUGCCAAAAACAGAAGAAGGUUUGGGUUUUAAUGUAAUGGGAGGUAAAGAACAAAAUUCACCAAUUUAUAUAUCGAGAAUUAUACCUGGUGGAGUAGCUGAUCGUCAUGGAGGAUUAAAAAGAGGCGAUCAACUCUUAUCCGUUAAUGGAGUGUCUGUUGAAGGAGAAAAUCAUGAAAAAGCUGUUGAACUUUUAAAACAAGCACAAGGUUCUGUUAAACUUGUAGUUCGAUACACUCCAAAGGUGUUGGAAGAAAUGGAAAUGCGAUUUGAUAAACAAAGAGCAGCUCGAAGGCGUCAAUUUCAAUAAAUAACGACAAAUUUCAUAAUUAUGUUAACAAUUCAUUUU